AUGGCAGGCAAGAAGAGACAUAUAAUUCGUGGUGGGCCUGAUCAAGAAGAUGCUUCUACUUUAAAAUUAGGUGAAGAAUUUUCCACGGCACAAUGUUUAUAUAUAUCUGAAGUAAGAAUUAUUUUAGAAGCUCAAGAAGACUCUAAAGAAAACGGAACAGAUACUAGACCUAGAACAAAUGUCAUGUCAAAGACAGUAGACUAUGUACGCACUUUUAGUAAAUUUAACAACAUAGAAGCAGUCCGUGAAGUUAGACAAGUUCUUGCAAAAGAUAAUAUGUCACAAUACGAAGUAGCACAACUUGCUAAUUUAUGUUGUGAAGAUGCAGAAGAAGCGAAAGCGCUUGUUCCUAGGUAA